AGGAAAGCGAGCCUUCGUCGUCAAUUAAAAUAGACGGUUAAACACACCGACGCCCCCCAUUCUCCCCGUACAAAAUAAAAUCAACGAUGAAGAUCAUAGCGCUGUGCAUUUUUGCACUGGUUUCCAUCAGUUCCAGCUACGGCAACGUCGCUUCAACCCGGAACUGCGGAGGGCGCGUGUUUGUUCAAGAAAACGUUUUAAUCGAUGUCUCACAGCAACUAGACUGCGCCUGGGAAUUCCAGACCGAAGAGAAUCGCAUUCUCGCCAUCACCAUCGUCGCUGGAAACGUGAACGACGCCCAACAGUUUUUCACCAUUCACGAUGGAGUGGACACUGAUUCGCCGAUUGUCCUCCAAAGAGAUUUGCCUCGAGUUGUGUACACGACCCAACCUGCAGCGAGCGUCCAAUUCAAAACGGCGGCGCCAAUUUCGAAUUUAAAGCUCAAGAUUCAAAAGGCUGUCAUCUGUCCCGCCAAUUUGGGACCAAACACCUCAUGCGGACGGAUUGUCGAUGACAUAUCCUGCUACUGCGUCGAUUACAAUUUGAGAAAUCACGAAGAUCAGACGACGUCUUGUUUGAACAACGGAAUGAAGCUGUUGGCCCUCGAGAGCCGAACGGAAGAAAACCUUUUGUUAGACGCCUGGGGUUACGCGGCACGUUACUGGACUUCCCUAACCGACAACCUCAACGAAGGAAAUUGGCUUUGGGGCAGCACGGGAACGGGUAUCGUGGGCGGCUAUUUCAACUGGGCCAUCAAUCAGCCCGACGGAUCGGGAAACUGCGUUCACUUGAACGACGCCAGCAUACAAGGCGGAUGGAACGACGACAAUUGCGCCAACUUACGUGAAGCCAUUUGCGAAAGCCAACCUUAAAACGCGUACCGUAAAAUCUACGGUCGUUCGACUGUGCUAGUUAACUAACGUUUACUUCGAAAAAUACAUUCAGAAAAUAACUUCAACAA